CUGCGGCGCUCUUCAUCCAGUCUUGCCCCUUUUCGAUCGGGCCCAGAAAGAGACUCGCCUCCGAUCUCCACCAGAUAGCCUCUUUUUUCUCAACUCGAGUCCUCCUCCACUCGAUCGGUUCAUUCUGAUCCUUAUUUUCCAUCAUCUUCAUUUCAUCCUUGUCUCAUCUGUCUCGUCGCUUGAUCUUGGCGUCUCGUUGCCACCCGCCCGAGUAUAACCUACUCAACUCACCCACUCCGUCAUCUUCCCUCGCUUCCCUAUCGCCAACCUCCCCUCUCUCAUCCACACUCUACUCUAUCUCUUUCGAUUUUAUUCCUCCUUUACCUCCCUUACUAGUUCUUCUACACAACUAUUAUACCUACCUACAACUAUUAGAAUAUACAAGACCGCCAUGGCGACUCAAGUGCAGACCUUCCCCGCCUCGCAACAGAUUGCCAUCUACGGCCACCCUUCGCCCACAAACUCGGCCAACACCACCGCCAACAACUCCCCGACCUCACCACAACUCACCCAUGCCCUGCCGCUUCAGAGCCGCCAGCUGCGCCCUCCCAAGGCCCCCUUGUACGUGCCCGCUGCCCUCCGUCCGACCGAGCGGCCUCAGAGAACCUCGCCGCCCACCCCGCCGCGCAGUGUCAACGGCUCGCUCGACAGCCUCAACAACAACAAUAAUAAUACCGAGAGCGACCUCGUCGAACAGCACCAGCACCAGCACCACCAGCACCAUCAGCACAGCCAGAAGCAGCAAAAGCCACAGAGACAGCCUCUCUCGCGUCGCUCGACCAUCGAAAGCACCACCGCGACCACCAUCACCAAGUUAGCCGAGGAUGAAUGGAUGAAACUGGAACAUCUCGGGGAGGUGACUGGGUUGCCCACCCGCGACCACUGGAAGGCCGAUUCUGUCUCUCCUACCUGCGACUCGCCCAACUGCCGCUCCUCGUUCGGCCUGUUCGUACGCCGCCACCACUGUCGUCACUGCGGCCACGUUUUCUGCGCCGCGCACACCCCGCACACCGUCCCUCUCGACCAGGACGCCAGCUUCCACCCGGAGGGCACCCCCUCGCGCGCCUGCGACCUCUGCCUGUCUGCCUUUCACCGCUGGCAGGAGACCCGGUCCAUCCGCCUGUACGAGAUCCAGAGCCAGAUCGACAUGCAGCGCGAUCGUGACCUGUCCGCCGACGAGAACAAUACCGACUCCGAGGGUUCUGUCGCCUCUUCUGCCAAUGACGAUGGUUCCACAGCCCUGGACCGAGCCCUGGCCCGUCGUGGCGAGCUGCAGGGGCCUCCGGAAGUUGCUGCCAGUAUUCCACGAGACUGGCAUUGGAGUACUUUUUAACCUCUCUCUCUCUCUCUCUCUCUCUCUUCCCAACACCUACACCUACACCUACACACACACACACUCUCUCUCUCUCUCUCUUCUACGAUCUUGCGUUUUGCGACAUGAUAUCACUGCAACUACAACUGCAAUCUUUACGGUAGAUAACGGCGUUAUGGUCUUACGGAUUACGGAUGGUCUAGAUUUCUGUUGUUUCUUU